AUGAAACAUAUUACUAGUAAUCCAAAAACAACAAAUAAAUCAGCAAAUAACGGUAUCUCACAGUUAAGUAGUCAUUUUUCCAGCCGACAAAAUCAACCAAUUCAACAAACAGGAGCAAUGCCUCAUUACGGUGGUGGUGCAGAAAAAUGUGCUCGAUGUUCAAAAAAUGUAUAUCUUGCAGAAAAGAAAGCUGGAGCUGGUCGUUCAUAUCAUUCGAGUUGCUUUAGUUGUGAAACAUGCAAUCGAAAAUUAGAUGCAACAACAUUAUCAGAACAUAAAGGUGAAAUUUAUUGUAAAACAUGUUAUACAAGACAAUUUGGUGUACAUGGUUUGGUUAGUGGUGUUACAAUGUCAACUGAACAUCCAGUACGUGAAAAUCGUCAUUCACGUCGUUCAUCAUAUGGUAGUGAUCUUGAUGCACCAGUUAUAACACAUACACAAACUCGUCCACGUGCACAUUCAAAUGAUAAUAUGCUUCGUGGUGAACAUAGUGCUAUACAAAGUGAUGAAUUACCAAAAAUGUUUCCAUGGCGUAAUGAUGUUAUACCUGCACAUGAACAUCAAAUACCACCAACAAAAACAAAUAAAGUUAGUAAUGGACUUGAUGAUUUUCUUAAUAAAGAUUAUACAAGACCAGCAAGUCAGAUUGGUUUCGAAAAAAUAAUUGAAUCAGCUGUUGUUAAUAAUAAUAAUAACAAUCGUGAAUCAGCUUAUAUGGCUGAAGGUGAUCGUCAAAAAUAUAUGUAUGAAGGUGAACAAAUGUCUUAUACUAAUGGAACAUCAGCUAUUAUUGAUAUGCCUAUUAUUUCACCUGUUAAACGAUUUGAUUCACACAUUGAACGAACAGAAAUGCCAACAGUACCAACAAAACAUGAUCAACGAAGCCGAAGUCCUUCACCAACAUCAAAUGAUAUUCAUCGACGACAGGAUAGUCGUGAACAACAUCAUACUGAUAUCUCAGAUAAUUUCUCUCGUUUAACAAUAAAUGAAAAUCAUCAUGAUAAUAUAACUACAAAUGCCAUUGCUUCAGAAAAUCCACUUUUCAAACCAACUUAUAAUCAUUCACCAUCACAUGAAAAUAAACAACGAACAUCAAAUACAGAUCGUGAACAAAAUCAUUCCCGUGAUUCAUCACCAUCAGCAACUGCUAAUAGUAAUCGAUCACCAUCACCAACAAGUGGUUACGGAUCAUCAAGUGUACAUGGUGAAGGUUUAUUACGUGAUUCAUCAUCACCACCAUCAGCUUUUGUACCACAACAUGAUUAUCUUAAUACUCGAUCAUCAAAUACUAAUGUUGUCGAUCGACAUUCACCAGCAUCACCUGAACGAAAUGAACGCACAUCAUCAUCAGCUUUAAAUGAUUUUGUUACAAAAACAAAUACUAUUUCUUCACCAACUGUUGGUGGUAAAUAUUCAACACUUGCUGCUUUAAUUAAACCUCAUCGACCAUUAUCACAAUUAAAUAAUCCAACUGAUGAUGAUGAUCAAUUUGAUAAUUAA